AUGUCCGGGGACUUUUUCCGCGUGUCGGACCCUGCAGUAGCUACAGAUGUUGCUUGGGCCCUUUUCCUUCUCCUGGAAGAGCAGGGCAUCCGCUUGCAGAUCAUAUUCGACAAUACCUUUGAUGGUGGCGUCGGGAUCGAGCGCAGUACUUUCAUGGACCUCAUUCAAGCUGCCUUUCAGUAUGGCCACCACUUGAUAGUGGUUGUUCAAUCCACGGAAGCAGCGAACCAGGUUGCCGACCUCAAUGGAGCACGGACUCGGCAAGCACCGCAGCAGCACGAGGAGGAGCGUGUCUACGUGGGGUCAAGAGCAGACAAGAAUGUACUUGGAGAGGGGAGGCAGCAAAGAGCAGCAGUUGGAGGGCAGUUCAUGGAGGUUCUGAACAUGACCCAAGUUCCCGAUGACUUUGGGCGUUGGAAACGGUUGACAUCGACGAGUAUUUGCCACAGACUGGUCGCAUUCCAAGCGCCCCACGCCGAGCAGGGCAAGGUGGAAGCCUGA